AUGGGAGUUCGGUCCGCCGUGAUUCUCGACGACGUUCCGCACAUUUCCGAAUGGAUUCCUGACCUACAGAUGUACAAUAAUCCGCUACUCCGAAGCCCUAAUCGACCCGAGAACUACUUUGUCGACAGUGAGGACGUCGUGUGCCAGAAGGCGCUCAUCAAGACGGCCAGUGUGGACGACAUUCGAGUCUUCAGACGCUCUGGGCCACGUGAACAGGUGGCCUUCCAGCCGCAGGACGUGCGGGCAGCCAUAGUCACGUGUGGAGGGCUGUGCCCCGGGCUCAACACAGUCAUUCGCGAGCUCGUGUGGGCGCUCUGGUUCCGCUACGGCGUGCGCAACAUCUCUGGCAUUGAUGGCGGGUAUCGCGGGUUCUACAGUCGCAACUUACUGCAGCUGGACCCGUGGAAGGUGAACGACAUUCACAAGCGCGGAGGAACCUUCCUGGGCACUUCCAGAGGCGGGCAUGACUCCACCAAGAUCGUCAACUCCAUUGAAGACCGCGGCAUCAACCAGCUGUACAUCAUAGGGGGGGACGGCACGCAGCGUGGCGCCGAGAUCAUCUAUGAGGAAACAAGGCGGCGGGGACUCAAGGUGUCCGUAGCGGGAAUCCCCAAAACGAUAGACAACGACAUCGCAGUGAUCGACCGGUCGUUUGGGUUCGACUCCGCUGUGGAGGAGGCUCAGCGGGCUAUCAGCGCUGCGAGGGUGGAGGUCACGAGCACUCACAGGGGGGUGGGACUGGUGAAGCUCAUGGGGCGAUACUGCGGUCAAAUCGCCAUGCACGCCACUCUUGCGAGCCGCGACGUGGAUUGCUGCCUCAUCCCUGAGGUCCCCUUUCACUUGGAAGGCGAGGGAGGCCUGUUUGAGUUCAUGGAGAGGAAGCUGUAUGAGAACGACCACUGCGUCAUCGUUGUGGCUGAGGGCGCGGGGCAGAGCCUGGUGGCGCAGAGCUUGCCUGGUGGGGCGGGCACGGACAAGUCGGGAAAUGCGCUGCUGCUGGACGUUGGGUUGUGGCUCUCGGAACGCAUCAAGGAGCACUUCAGCGCGGACAAGAAGAGCGAGAUCAGCCUCAAAUACAUCGACCCCACAUACAUGAUCCGGGCCAUCCCAGCCAAUGCUGGAGAUAACAUCUACUGCACGCUGCUGGCACACGGGGCCAUUCACGGCGCCAUGGCUGGCUACUCAGGGUUUGUGGUGGGGCCGGUCAACGGCACACAGUGCUACAUCCCUGUCAAUCAAGUGACGGCCCCCAAGUCAGUGGCCCUCACUGACCGCAUGUGGGCGCGCCUCCUCUCCUCCACCUCCCAGCCCACCUUCAUGCGUGUCAGCCAAUCCGCUGCUGCCACGUCAGCACCCCGGGCAAAUGCUGACGGUGUGCCGGCGAUGCCUGACGAGGCACGGCCGGUGGACCAUAAGCACAGGCAUGGAGGGCAUAAUCUGACAAGAGCCUGGAGUAACCGCACGUGGGCUGCUGCUGCAAGGGACAAGACUGGAGACAUGAUGGAGCCUUAG